GAAAAACACCCCAACUCACCAAUGACAGCGAAGCAGAUAUUGGAAGUUAUUCAGAAGGAAGGGUUAAAAGAAACAAGUGGAACUUCUCCAUUAGCCUGUCUGAAUGCAAUGCUUCACACUAACACUCGAAUAGGGGAUGGAACAUUCUUCAAAAUCCCUGGAAAGUCAGGCCUCUAUGCUCUCAAAAAAGAGGAGUCAUCAUGCUCAGCUGACGGAACAUUGGAUUUAGGCUGUGAAUCUGAACUGGAUGGCGCAGAAAUGGCAGAGACCAAUGCUAGUGGAGAAGGAGAUGAAGUUUGUGCAAAGCAGGUAACUGAUGAAGCAUCUUCCACUCGAGAUUCAAGCCUUACUAACACAGCAGUGCAAAGCAAGUUAGCGUCUUCCUUUCAGCAACACACCAAAAAGGCUCUUAAACAGGCUUUGAGGCAGCAGCAGAAAAGAAGAAAUGGAGUCUCAAUGAUGGUAAACAAGACUGUUCCUCGUGUUGUUUUGACACCAUUAAAGGUGUCUGAUGAGCAGUCGGAUUCGCCUUCAGGAUCCGAAUCUAAAAAUGGUGAAGCAGACAGUUCAGAUAAAGAAAUGAAACAUGGGCAAAAAUCUCCCACUGGAAAACAAACAAGUCAGCACUUAAAACGAUUAAAAAAGUCUGGUUUGGGACACUUGAAAUGGACCAAAGCUGAGGACAUUGACAUAGAAACCCCGGGAUCUAUUCUUGUCAACACUAACUUGAGGGCAUUAAUAAAUAAACAUACAUUUGCUUCCUUACCUCAGCAUUUUCAACAAUACCUCCUGCUUUUGCUCCCAGAAGUGGAUAGGCAGAUGGGAAGCGAUGGAAUUUUACGCCUGAGUUCUUCAGCACUAAAUAAUGAAUUCUUUGCAUAUGCAGCUCAAGGAUGGAAACAGCGACUGGCAGAAGGAGAAUUUACUCCAGAAAUGCAGUUGCGGAUAAGGCAAGAAAUUGAGAAGGAAAAGAAAACAGAACCUUGGAAAGAAAAAUUCUUUGAAAGGUUUUAUGGAGAAAAGUUGGGCAUGUCAAGGGAGGAAUCGAUAAAGCUCACUUCUGGACCAAACAAUGACGGAGCUGAAAGUUCGUGUGGAACCUCUGGCCUUCCAGGUCUUUCUACACAGACUCCCUUGGAAGAGCAACAGUCAAAAAGCAUGAAAAGUCCAACUUCUCCAGAGCCUGAUUUCUGUGAUACACUUUGUCCUAUGGUAGAUAUAGGUAAGGAUGUAAUGGCGGAAUCAGAAUCAGAAGAUAUCUUGAUCCCUGAAGAAUCCGUGAUUCAGGAGGAAAUUGCAGAAGAGGUAGAGACUAGUAUCUGUGAAUGUCAGGAUGAAAAUCAUAAGACAAUACCUGAAUUUUCUGAAGAGUCUGAAAGUCCAGCCAACUCUCAUGAAGAGCCCCAAGUUGCACCUCCUGAAGAUAACUUGGAAUCCUGUGUUAUGAUGAAUGAUGUUUUAGAAAUAUUGCCUCAUAUUGAAGUUAAGGUGGAAGAGAAAUCAGAAUCUCCCCAGGAAGAAAUGUCAGUUGUUAUCGAUCAGCUAGAAGUCUGUGACUCUCUCAUUCCUUGCACUUCAUCUGUGACUCAUGUCAGUGACACAGAACAUAAGGAGUCAGAAGCUGCAUUAGAGACCAAUACUCCAAAAAUAAAAACAGCGUCAUCUUCUUUAGAAGGUCAGUUUCCCAGUGAAGGAAUUGCUGUAGAUAUGGAGCUACAGAGUGACCCUGAUGAACAGCUUUCUGAGAAUGCUUGCAUCUCUGAAACUUCGUUCUCUUCUGAGAGCCCAGAGGGAGCCUGUACCAGCCUGACAUCCCCAGGAGGGGAAACCCAGUCCACCUCAGAGGAAUCAUGUACUCCAGCCUCCCUUGAGACAACAUUUUGUUCUGAGGUGUCCAGCACUGAAAAUGCAGACAAAUAUAAUCAGAGAAAUCCCCCCGAAGAAAACCUUCAUGCAUCUUUGAUGUCAGAAAUAUCUCCAAUAUCCACUUCACCUGAAAUAUCAGAAGCAUCUCUGAUGUCCAAUUUACCUUUAACAUCUGAAGCAUCCCCAGUAUCAAAUUUACCUUUAACAUCAGAAACAUCACCCAUGUCUGAUUUACCUUUGACAUCAGAAACAUCUUCAGUGUCUUCCAUGCUUCUCACAUCUGAGACUACUUUUAUAUCCAGUUUGCCACUUCCUUCAGAAACAUCUCCAAUUUCUAAUUCUUCCAUGAAUGAGAGAAUGAUGCAUCAGCAAAGAAAGUCCCCUUCCCUAUCUGAAGAACCGGUCUCCCCACAGAAAGAGGAAGGCUCUGCUCCUGCCAAGCCCCUGGGAGAGAGCCUUCUCUCUCAACCGAAGACUCUAUCAAAUACUCCUGAACCCCUCAAAAUGGGGUCCUCCAUUGUUCCUGAAGCAUUUCCAUCUGAAGACUUGCACAAUAAGACUCUGAAUCAGCAGCCUUGUAAAUCACAUGUUGAAACUGAAAAGUCCUACCCUGCUUCGAUUCCAGAACUUCCUUCUAUAGAAAUAAUAAAGGUAAAAAAUCAUAAUAUCCUGCAAAGAACAGAAAAGAAAGGGGCAUCUUCACCAUUGGAGCUAUCUGUCUUUUCUGAAGAAACAGAGAAUAAGGGAAAUGAGCUUCCAUCAGCUAAGUUACAGGACAAGCAAUAUGUCUCCUCAGUGGAUAAGGCUUCAUUUUCAGAAGGCUCUAGAAAUAAAACACAUAAGCAGGGGAGUUCACAGAAUCGGUUGGAGACCUCACAUUCUUCCAAGUUAUCAGAGCCCUCCAAAUCACCCGAUGGGAUAAGAAAUGAAAGUAGAGAAUCCGAGAUAUCAAAAAGGAAAACUGCAGAGCAGCACAGUUUUGGAAUCUGUAAGGAAAAGAGGGCUAGGAUAGAAGAUGAUCAGUCUACCCGGAACCUGUCAUCCAGCAGCCCACCUGAGAAAGAACAGCCUCCAAGAGAAGAGCCCAGAGUGCCACCUUUGAAGAUCCAGCUUUCCAAAAUUGGGCCACCUUUCAUUAUCAAGAGCCAGCCAGUCUCCAAACCAGAGUCUCGCACAUCCCCCAGCACGUCGGUCAGCAGUGGGAGGAAUACAGGAGCCAGGACACUUGCAGAUAUCAAGGCCCGGGCCCAGCAAGCAAGGGCCCAGCGAGAGGCAGCCGCAGCAGCUGCGGUAGCUGCCGCGGCGAGCAUCGUCUCAGGAGCCAUGGGGAGCCCAGGAGAGGGUGGAAAGGCAAGAACCCUGGCACACAUCAAAGAGCAGACAAAGGCAAAGCUCUUUGCAAAGCAUCAAGCUCGGGCCCACCUCUUCCAGAACACUAAAGAGUCCCGGUUGCCUCCGCUCAGCUCAAAGGAAGGGCCCCCAAGCUUAGAAGUCUCUUCUGCUCCUGAAACAAAAAUUGAAGGGUCAACUGGUGUGAUUAUUGUCAAUCCAAACUGCAGAUCUCCUAGCAACAAGUCUGCACACCUCCGGGAGACCACCACUGUAUUACAGCAGUCUCUUAACCCAGCUAAACUUCCAGAAACUGCCACUGAUUUAUCUGUGCAUAGUUCUGAUGAAAACAUACCCGUGUCACACUUACCUGAGAAAAUUGUUUCAUCUACCUCUUCUGAAAAUAGCAGUGUGCCCAUGCUUUUUAAUAAAAAUUCUGUCCCUGUGUCUGUUUGCAGCACUGCUAUGUCGGGAGCAAUUAAAGAACAUCCCUUUGUGAGUUCUGUUGAUAAAUCCUCUGUUCUAAUGUCUGUUGACAGUGCAAACACUACAAUUUCUGCCUGUAACAUAAGCAUGUUAAAAACCAUCCAGGGAACUGACACUCCAUGCAUAGCCAUUAUACCAAAAUGUAUCGAAAGCGCUCCUGUCCCCGUCACAGCAGAGGGCUGCAGUGUCUCGAGCCCCAUGGAUGACAAGCCGUUGCUCCUGCCCAGCAGCAGUGCAGGUCACUUAAUCCCCAGUCAGUACAACUCUGCGCCAACUCCCUCCAUUGGAAAGAACUUGCCAAACCAUCUCUCCACGAGCUCUGUCUUGAUCCCCCCAACGGGAAUUAACAGCCGGUUUCCCUCUGAGAAGAUAGCCAUGCCUGGGAGUGAAGAACAGGCCACCGGGCCCGUGGGCACCACUGUGAGAGCCGCCCUCGGCUGUAGGGAGUCAGGGGCAGUCACAGACCCUCUGGCUGCGCGACCACCUGUCGCAAUGUUUACUGGAAGCAUGCUGACGAUAAACUCUUAUGAGAGUCCUCCCAAAUUAAGUGCUGAAAGCUCGGACAAAAAUUCAGGGCCUCGAAACAGGGCAGACAAUUCUGGGAAACCUCAGCCACCUGCGGGGGGCUUUGCACCAGCAGCCAUAAACAGAUCGAUUCCGUGUAAAGUCAUCGUUGACCACAGCACCACGCUGACCUCCACGUUGUCUCUAACCGUCUCCAUCGAGAGCGCAGAAGCCAGCUUGGACCUCCCGAGCAGGUCAGUGAGGACAGAAGCCUCCAUACAGCCCAUGGUGUGUCCCCAGGUAUCUGUUAUCAGCAGGCCGGAGCCCGUGGCCAGCGACGCCGUCGAUCACAGUUCUAGUUUCAUCGCUGCUUCUGCAGCAAAGCAAGAGUGUAAUAAUAAAGCGAUGCAGGCCGCCGGUUCCAGUCUCCGAGAGGGACCCCUUGUCGUUCCAGAUAAACUAAACGAGGUGACCACUCCGAGUAACUGCUUUGCCGAGCAGGCUCGUGGCCCGACUGCUUUCAAGAGUGAAGCGGACACAACCUGUAGCAAUCCGUAUAACCCGGGCAACCGGAUUUGCUGGAAUGACGAGGGGAUGAGGAGCACAGGGCAGCCUCUGGUCAGUCACUCCGCUCCCAGUAAACAGAAAGAAUUUCUGGAGCAGAGUGGUCCGAAGGCCAUCAAAACCGAGCACGCCGGCUACUCCCACAUGUCAGAACUUCACCCCAGGAACCUCCUAACGAACGUCACUCUCCCGGUGAAGUCUGAACCUCACGAGGUGGACAAGGGCUUUAGAAUGGACACAGAAGACUUCCCUGGCCCCGAGCUGCCGCCUCCGGCCGCGGAGGGCGCCCCCGGCGUGCAGCAGGCCCAGAGCGUGAAGGCUCCCACCCCUGGCGCCGUGGACGAGCCCAUUUCCUUGGCCCCAGACCCCCUGAAGCGAGUCCCCAGUGCGGGGAGCUCCGGCUGCCGGCUGUCGUCCGUGGAGGCCAACAAUCCACUCGUGACGCAGUUACUCCAGGGCAACCUGCCUUUGGAAAAAGUGUUGCCUCAGCCCAGGUUGGGAGCCAGGCUCGAAAUUAACAGGCUUCCUCUGCCUCUUCAAACUACCUCAGCGGGGAAGACAGCAGCAGAGAGGAACGUUGUGGAGAUGCCGUCCAGCUCCCCCAAUCCGGACGGGAAGGGCUACCUGGCCGGGACCCUUGCACCACUACAGAUGAGGAAGCGAGAAAACCACCCCAAAAAGAGAGUAGCCAGGACUGUGGGGGAACACACUCAAGUUAAAUGCGAGCCAGGGAAAUUGUUGGUGGAGCCAGAUGUCAAAGGGGUGCCUUGUGUCAUCAACUCGGGCGUGAAUCAGCUAGGACACAGCCAGCCGUUUAAGCAGGAGUGGCUGAGCAAGCACUCCAUGCAGAACCGAAUUGUUCACAGCCCCGAGGUCAAACAGCAAAAGCGGCUGCUCCCCUCGUGUAGCUUCCAGCAGAACCUGUUUCACGUCGACAAGAAUGGCAGCUUCCACCCCGAUGCUGGUACCUCACACAGACAGCAGUUUUACCAAAUGCCCGUGGCUGCCAGGGGCCCCAUCCCAAGUGCAGCUCUGUUACAGGCCUCUGCCAAGCCCCCGGUGGGCUGUGGUGCGUUUGCCUUCAAUAGGCAUCUGGAACAGAAGGGGUUGGGAGAGGUGAGCCUUUCCUCCGCACCUCACCAGCUAAGGUUAGCCAACAUGUUAUCUCCCAACAUGGCCAUGAAAGAAGGUGAUGACGUGGGAGGGGCCGCACACGCCAUGCCAAACAAAGCACUGGUGCAUCCCCCGCCCCCACCCCCUCCGCCCCCUCCGCCCUUGGCCUUGCCCCCACCUCCCCCACCGCCACCUCCGCUACCUCCACCUAUUCCUAAUGCAGAAGUCCCAUCCGAUCAAAAGCAACCACCAGUUACCAUGGAAACCACUAAGAGACUUAGUUGGCCACAGUCCACGGGCAUAUGUAGCAAUAUAAAAUCGGAACCUCUUUCUUUUGAGGAAGGUUUAAGCAGCAGCUGUGAACUGGGCAUGAAACAAGUUUCCUAUGACCAGAAUGAAAUGAAAGAACAGUUAAAAGCAUUUGCGUUAAAAAAUGCAGAUUUCUCUUCCUAUUUGCUUUCUGAGCCACAAAAGCCUUUUACCCAAUUAGCUGCUCAGAAAAUGCAGGUGCAGCAACAACAGCAGCUCUGUGGAAAUUAUCCAACAAUACACUUUGGUAGCACGAGCUUCAAAAGGGCAGCAUCUGCAAUUGAAAAGUCCAUUGGGAUUUUGGGAAGCGGCUCCAGCCCUGCCACGGGCCUGCCCGGUCAGAACGCUCAGAUGCCCGUUCAGAACUUUGCCGACAGCAGCAAUGCGGACCAGUUGGAACUGAAAUGCUCUUGCCGGCUGAAAGCCAUGAUUGUGUGCAAAGGCUGCGGGGCCUUCUGCCAUGACGACUGCAUAGGUCCCUCCAAACUCUGUGUAGCUUGCCUGGUUGUGCGGUAAGAGCCGAGGAAAGAUGCAGUAUCCCUUUUCAACACGGAAAAGCCAAACGGCGUCAGCAGCAACAAAUUGAAUAACUCAGUGGUUAAUAUCGUGCUAAUUUAUUUUACUUUGGAACAGAUUCUCUUCUCUCUCUGGGAUUCUUUACUUGCAUUUCCCAGAAAGGGGAGAUGGUGUCCCAACCAAGUGGCUCAGCAGCAUGUCUUUUACAUAUUAAGUUGCCAUUCCCAGCUCUGGAAAAUUUCUGUCCGAGUGUAUACAGGUCACUGCCCCAUUUGUUUUUUUUUUUUCUUUUUUAAAUCCAGAUGUAGAUAGGAAAAGGACAUUUUUAAUUACUUAAUGCUAACCAGAAAUGCAGAUGUAGAAGGAGGAUGGUACAAGUGACUUAAAGUGGUUGGUUAUUCAUUCUUCUGUAGAUUAACCAUUACAACAAGGGUUUUCACAGUUGACUCUUCUGGACCUACCUUGACCACAGUGAUUAAAUCAUAUUUGGAAAGGGGAAUCUGAUUUAAGUGUAUGAUUCCUUGUAUUUGCUCAUAUCACAAAAGAUACAUUAAAGGAGGUAUGCCAUUAAUGAACUCCACUGUCCUUCUUCUCUUCCCUCCCUUUUUACUCUUUUCAGAGACUGGCAGCAUUUCUGGAUCUGCCUUGGACAUUGCGCACACAUUGUAGUGAAAUGUGUCUUAUACCUGAAAUUGCAGUGUGGGCCCUAUGCCCAGUAAUCUGG